AUGAUCACCUGUGAUUGUCAGCGAAAGAAGGAAGAAGUGAGAUGCAAUGCUCGGGCUCACAUGCCUGAGUCGUCGGGUCGACAAACAUGCCUCAAGUGUGACGAAGAAUGUGCUCGGCUCGAGCGAAAUCGGAGUCUGGCGCUUGCCCUCCACAUCGCGGACGACCAUAUCGACGACCACGUGCCUUAUUCGACCACGACGUUGAAGAUGUAUCUGGACGAUAUGGCCUGGGCCCACAAGCAGGAAGAGAUCCUGAGACUAUUCGCGGCCGACGAUGCCCGGAAAAGAUACGCUUUCCAGCCGAUGAAGAGUCAACAACGAGCCUUUAUUCACAGCAUCGCCGAGGACUUUGGGUUCGACGGAGAAAGUCUAGACCCGGAGCCAUACCGGCACGUGGUCUUGUUCAAGACCCCCAAAUUCGUGGCGGCGCCCAUGAAGACUUUGGCCCAAGCCGUGAGGGUUAAACGGGGGCAGUUGAAUGUUUCUGCUGCCGCGUUAGCUCCGCGUCCAGAGCACAAAGCAGAUGAGGUCAAGCAUGACUACAACGGGUUGCUCCUGCUCAAGCCCAAGUUUGCUUUGACCGAAGACGAGGUACGGCCGGUGCUGAAGAAGUCGGCCGCGACCACGGAUUUUGACAUCAUCUUUCUACCGAACGACGAAGGCGUUGCUCUGAUUCCUUCCAGGUCAUGGGACACGCCGGAACAAAUGGACACUUUGCUGACGAGUCUGCGACCUAUCGUUGCUAACGAAGUGAUCAAGCAUAAGCUGGCAAGCUCGGUGGUGCUCGGUCGGCUCGACAGGUCUGGGUCAGAGGUGAAAGUGGUUCAGCAGCAAGGCAAAGCGAGCACGACCGUGAGUAACGGGUGGUCGCAAGUGGCAGCGAAGAAAGCCCCGGCCGCUCAGGCCGCUCAAACCAAGCCGGUCGGGCAGAGACCCAUGUACACGGUGUUGGGCAGUCGAUUAGCCGAAGCCAAAAGAAAGAAGGAAAACGAGGAGAGAUUGCGCAGGAAGGCUCAGCAGCAAGACGUGGUGGACGAUUGGGAGCAGGAGGUUGAGCGGGAGGAAGACAAUGAGGCUGGUGCUGGUCGGAGGGCGAGUGAGGCAAGCCAGGGGAGUAAGGGCAGUGAAGGCAUGGAGAGGGAGACAAGCAAGGUGGAGUAG